CGCGCGGCGCGAACUCAGUGCGCAGUCGGCCCCGAGCUCCAGGCGGCGCGCGCGCAACCUUACCGCAGACUAGUAGUGAAAGGCUGCAUGACUCAUACUAAAAACUAGUCAUGAACGAGUAUGCAGAGUACGACUGGAAGCUGCAUCAGAUGCAGAAUGAGCGAUUAUGUGAAGUGACAAGAAAACGUCUCACUGAUGGUGAUAGGCAACGUGCCUUUAUUGGUCUAAAGGAAGCGGUGGAUUCCAGUCUGAAUCUAGCUCUUCGUGACAAAAGCCGGUGUCAGGAUGACAAUUUCUUGCGACGAUUUUUGUACGCGUGCAAACAUGACGUCCAGCAAAGCUUUGAGUUACUCGUGCGUUAUCACCAAUAUCGGCGGGAACAUCCAGAGUUAUGGGCGCCGCCAGAUGGAGGUGUUUUAAGAGCGAUAAGAGAUGGAAUACCCGGUGUACUGGCAGAGAGAGAUCGCCGUGGCCGCUGCGUGUUAAUCAUGUUUGCCUCCAACUGGACACCUCAUGCCUGUUCGUUACUUUCCGUCUACAGAGCUCUGUUACUGACCCUUGAACGGACACUUAACGACAUUCAAAAUCAGGCCAACGGAUAUGUGAUUAUCGUAGACUGGACUGAGUUUACUUUUAAACAAUCAUGCAGUUUACAACCGAAAGUAUUGAAGCUAAUGAUCGAUUGCUUACAAGACUGCAUGCCUGUAAGGUUUAAAAGUAUACAUUUUAUUGGGCAACCUUGGUAUGUGGAAACUGCUCUUGCAGUAAUAAAACCGUACCUUAAGGCGAAGACGCGGGAAAGAAUAAUACUUCAUGGAAAUAAUUUAUCAACAUUGCAUGAUUCAUUGCCUCUAGAUAUACUCCCAGCCGAACUCGGAGGGGAGGGGCCUUCGUACAAUUCAGAACGUUGGUUGCAGGAAUUUUGUCGAGGUGAAAACAUAAACAGCGCACCUGUUGCGACCGUAAUGACGACAGAGGCAAUUGUGGAGAAUGAUCCCCCAUCAGCAAAAUUAGAUAAAGCGUACAAACAAAAGGAUAAUUUCUCGUUCAACGGCAGUGAAAAAAGUGCUAAAUCAGAGCUAUUGCGCGAUAAAGAUUGACCUUAGAUACCGCGUUUAUUGAUCAUAAUGUGAAUAACGGACAGUUCUGUGCUUGGGCACGCCGCCACCAACACAGUGGAUCAUUGCAUUUUUGUAAGUGCUGUCGGCGGGAUUUGUGAUAUUCAGUGUAUUGUUAAUUUAUUGUUUGUAAGAAUGCAUGAUAAAUGUUGUUGGAAAGUGACUGGAAAAUGCUGAAUGCACGUGUGUGAAGUUAGGUAGCAGUGAUCUGGAUGAAUUUUGAGUUUCUCUUUGUUAUUAAUUAGUGUGUCGGCAAGGUUUUAUCGUGGGUGGGGGCAGUGAAGAGGCGCAUCCCCCAUGUCCGGUUGAGACGUGGUCGUAAUGUAACGGUCUCGAGCUCUCGUUUCGGCGCAUCCGCCCGGCACGUCUCGUCGAUGCGUGCAAGCGUUGGAUUUCUGCAUUCUGCACAAAGCAUUCUUCUUGCACUCUUGUAUAUUUAUCUUAUUUAUUGAACUAACUUGAUUUUUUUAAAUAAAUCAAUAUCUCAUUAUAAUAUCACAUUUAGUUAAGACAUUAUACAUAUACAAAUGCUUUAUGUGAGGCUUGAAGCGCAUUUACUAUUAUGUUUAAGUCUAUGUUUGAAAAAUAUUGGAUUCCGAUGCAAAGUAUUUUAAUAAUAAAUAUUUUGUUAAAAUAAGAGAUCGACUUACCAAGUUAUUGUUCGAUAUUAUCCUCGUUGUGUCACUAUCUCUAAUUAUACAUGUUUACAAUACGUGGUGCAAUUUUGACUAUCCUGAAUUGGGAGUAAAUUUAUAAGAAUUGAAAUAGUUAUUUUUUAUAUAAAAUAGACUCAAUAGAUACUUACAUUAUUUUUUUUUUGUAUUGAUUUAGUUUUAUUUUCUACGUCAUACAUUGAUUAUCAUUAUUCAUUUAGUAGGUCACAUAUGAGGAUAAUAUGUAUAGACUGCAUAGCGGUAACAGUAUUAAAUCGAUUCUACGAUUAAAUCACUGACAUGUGUUGAAUUAAUUGAUGGCUUUCUUUCUUAUAAUAAUUAUCCAGCGAGCUCUCUUUCAGAUAUAUUUAUUUUAUUUGACAAUGUAAUUUGUAAAUAAAUGCUGUGACAUUAGACAAUAUUAUUGUACUUAUUUUGUAUUUUUAUUAUUCCUUUAAAUGGGGCUAUUAUUAAUACAGUCAAAAAAUAUUUGGAUUUUUUUUAAUAUACAGAAUAUGACUGAAACAAUUACUCUUAAUAUUGAUAUUAGUACUAUAUAAUAAAUGAUUUGAAUUUGA